AGUAUUCUCGUUUAACUUCCGAGAAAAUUUUGCAAGUUGGACCGGCUCAAGGAGAAAUACAAUGGAAAGACUCUUACGACUAGGAGGAGGGAUGCCAGGAUUGGGACAGGGAGCCCCUCCUACAGAUGCCCCUGCAGUGGACACAGCAGAGCAGGUGUAUAUUUCAUCACUGGCCCUUCUCAAGAUGCUAAAGCACGGUCGAGCUGGUGUCCCCAUGGAAGUCAUGGGACUUAUGCUUGGAGAGUUUGUAGAUGACUACACAGUCCGGGUCAUUGAUGUGUUUGCCAUGCCUCAGUCAGGAACAGGUGUGAGUGUUGAAGCCGUAGAUCCAGUAUUCCAGGCUAAGAUGUUGGACAUGUUAAAACAGACUGGCAGACCAGAAAUGGUGGUCGGCUGGUAUCACUCCCAUCCCGGCUUUGGAUGCUGGCUGUCUGGAGUAGACAUCAACACACAGCAGAGCUUUGAGGCCUUGUCAGAACGUGCUGUGGCCGUCGUCGUUGACCCUAUUCAGAGUGUCAAAGGCAAGGUGGUGAUAGAUGCUUUCCGUCUCAUCAAUCCGAACAUGAUGGUAUUAGGACAGGAACCACGCCAGACAACGUCAAACCUGGGACAUCUUCACAAACCCUCAAUACAGGCUUUGAUACAUGGACUCAACAGACAUUACUAUUCCAUAGCCAUCAACUACAGGAAAAAUGAGCUGGAACAAAAGAUGCUGCUUAACUUACACAAGAAGAGUUGGGUAGAUGGUUUAUCUCUACAAGACUACAACACACAUUGUACAAACAAUGAGAAUUCUGUCAAGGAAAUGCUGGAACUGGCCAAAAACUACCACAAGGCCCUGGAGGAGGAAGAAAACAUGACCCAGGAACAACUUGCUAUCAAGAAUGUCGGCAAACUGGACCCCAAGCGCCACCUGGAGGAGCAUGUAGAUGUCCUGAUGACAACAAACAUUGUGCAGUGUUUAGGAGCCAUGCUUCAUACUGUGGUGUUUAAGUGAUGUCUUACUGUGUAAUAGGUAUACACUGGGGAGUGUGACUCUUAUCAGCUGGUCACAGAGCAAACAUUGAAACAGUGCUAGUUAAAAUGUUGUUCAAAUGAUAAAAGACGACUAUUUUGGACGAUAUAUUUGGGGCUGUCCUACCAGCUGUUGCCAUCACUUUGUAUGGACUAAUCCGUAUAGAUCUGACAGGUUACACUGGAGACAGAUCAGUCCACGUUCUUGUCUUCACUGACUCUGUCCUACUUAUCAGACAGAUUAAUAAAGGUUAUAAUGUGUUGGCAAGGGGGAAUUAUCCAAUAAUAUGUUAAAUUUAAAACUGUACUUUGUAAGGUUUAAAGUAAACAUGUGAAAUUUGAGAAUGUUCAAACACAGAUAACGAAUGUUCUAACACAGAUAAAGAGUGUUCUAACACAGAUAAAGAGUGUUCUAACAGAAAAAGAAUGUUCUACCAAGGAUAACAUAAUCUAUAUAACAACUUGUGUCGGAGAAACAGAAGAAACUAUUUAUCACAAAUAUGUCUUCAUCAAAGCCACUAGGGUAACUUUACUAUAUCCACAUUGUGUGCUAUCAUUCAAUUUCAUUCAAUAAUAAAAUUUUAAAUCAG